AUGAGCAUUGCUGGAAAUUAUGCCAGUAAGGAUGGUAACGCAAACAGUUUCAAAAAGAGAGGUAGAAAAGAGUUGAGAACGAUUAAAAGAGCUGACCACAGAUAUAAUAAGGAGAAUGGGCCAGUGAUCAGUGAUAAGGACAUAGGUCAUAUCGACAGUGUCGUGCAGGAUAAAGAGUCUGCUGGAAAACGUCGAAAACAUAUUCGCUCCGACGAAGAGGAUGAUGAGAACAAGGAGAGGGCAUAUCAGGCGUUGCUGACAAUAUUGAAAUCAGAGCAUCCCAAAAGGAAGCCCCAAAAAAAAAUCAAAAAUGAUCGGAAAGAACCUCUAGAAGGUUCUGAUGGAGAGGCUGAGACAGUCACUGAAAUUGAGGAGCUCGAAGACAACUUAGAAAGAGUUGCGGACGAGCAUCAAUCCGAUGAAGAAGUGAUGGACGCAGAGGAUGAUGUUGAAGAUGUAAAGGACCCUUUCGAGUUCCAUUUCAACCAGGUAUCAGAGCAGUUCAUCAACAAGUUAGAUCGUGGCUUCAAGGACAAAGAGAUAAAGUACAAGACGAAGAAAUUUUACAUGGGAGAUAAAGAACAGAUGAUAUUUUCGAAGCCAGAACUGUCAAUGGACAGUGAUAAGCAAUUGAUUGUCCCUGAUAUAAGUAAGCCAUCUCUGCAUUCAUAUUUCUUAAAGCAAAGGUUAAAAGUCCAAAAUGAUCUGCUUGAUUCAAACACGAAUAAUCUAACAACUUUACAAAAGGAAAUUGUGGAUCCGAUGUUUCAAUAUAACGACUUGUUGUAUGAGUAUGAGUCAUACGGGAAAGACGAAGAUGAGUAUCGGUACCUCUACGUAUUGCAUGUUUUAAACCAUAUUUACAAGACAAGGGACAGAAUCUUAAAGAAUAAUCAACGACUAAGUGAUAAUCCAGACGCUGAAUGUUUAGAUCAGGGUUUCACUAGACCGAAGGUACUAAUUGUAGUUCCAACAAGAGAUACGGCAUACUCGGUUGUUGAAAAAAUAAUUUCAGAAUCAGGAAUAGAUCAAGUAGACAAAAAAUCAAAGUUUCGCGACCAAUUUUAUCAAGACUCUGUUCCACCUUCAGCUAAACCAAAGUCUUUCCAAAAGGUUUUUAAGGGUAAUAGCAACGAUUUUUUUGUGCUUGGUCUAAAGUUCACCAGAAAAGCCAUCAAGCUCUACAGCAAUUUCUAUCAAUCGGAUGUUAUUGUCUGUUCACCGUUGGGUCUUCAACUUAUCAUAGAAAACACAGACAAGAAAAAGAGACAAGACGACUUUCUUUCAUCAAUCGAAAUAACAAUCUUUGAUCAGUUACAUUCAAUUGAGUUUCAGAAUUUUUCUCAUGUUUUAUCCAUAUUUGAUCAUCUCAACAAGAUUCCACAAGAGCAACAUGAUACGGAUUUUGGUAGAGUUAAAAUGUGGUACAUCAAUGAGCAGGCAAAGUUACUGAGGCAAACCAUGAUAUUCACCAGAUACGUCUCUCCGAUGACAAAUUCUCUGAUCAACAAUAGAUGUCGUAAUUGGGCAGGUAGAUGGAAGAAUCAUCAUGUAGUGGCACCUGCUGAUUCAAGUAUUGAACAGCUGGGUUUCAAUAUAAGACAAAUAUUUCAAAGAUUUGAUAUUGGCGGAGCGUCAAUCGUAGAUGAACCCAAUUCGCGGUUUAAAUAUUUCACCAGCGUCGUUAUACCCGGUAUUGUGAAUUCGACCGGUUAUGAAGAUGGAAUUCUGCUUUAUAUUCCUGAUUAUGCAGACUUUAUCAGGAUUCGUAAUCAUCUAAAGGACAAGACAACGCUCCUCUUUGGAGAUAUCAACGAAUAUUCUGAUCAAAGACAAUUAGGCAGCGCCAGAGCGUUGUUCCAGCAGGGGCGCGUUAAAGUAUUAUUAUACACCGAAAGAUUGCACCAUUUCAGACGUUACGAAAUCAAGGGUGUCAAAAGCGUAAUAUUCUAUCAACCACCAACUAAUCCUGAGUUUUACAAUGAAGUUAUAAGAUUUAUAGCCAAAAGCUCAUUUCUGGGUGACGCCGACUUGAAUAUUUCUACGGUAAGAUGUGUGUACAGUAAGCUUGAUGGACUAGCCCUGGAGAGAAUAGUCGGAACCAAAAGAGCUGCAGUUCUCACGCAUGCGCAAAACGAAGUUUACGAAUUCAAAUAA